ACCUAAUACCACCUGUACUGUAUGUUGUUUUUGGUAUUCCGUGUUUUUCUAUAACCUAACCUACAGCACCUCUCCUUGGCUGCCAAAACAAGUGUGAUGCCUGGGUGCUGUUCAGUCUCAGUUUUUUAUCAGCAGGCUGUGAGCACUGAGCAUGCUGCUGUUUCUUGUCUCAUCAUAGUCAGAAGCCGGCCUGACCACUGAAUAUUCAGAUAUGACAUCUCUGCAGCCUGCUGAGCCAUUCAAGCACCUAAAUAUAAGUUCGGCAGAGGUGUUGGAACGUCUCACUGAGCGCUCGCCAUGCCCCAAGUGUCACAAGUCACGCAUGUACUUCUGCUAUAAUUGCCUGGUACCAGUGGAUGCCCUUACUGGAAAAAUUCCUUAUGUGCCGUUGCCAGUAGAAGUGGAGAUUGUCAAACACCCUGGUGAGACGAAUGGCAAAAGCACGGCCGUACAUGCUGCCGUCCUCGCCCCCGAUGACGUCACGCUGCGGACGUAUCCAGACGUGGGCAGCUACGACCCAGAUGAGACUGUGCUGGUGUUCCCCGAUUCAUCGGCCGGGUCCGUGGCCGACGUUUCUGCCGAGUUUGCCGCCGCCGGUCGGCCGCUGCGGCGCGCGCUCUUCCUCGACUGCACAUGGAACCAGUGCCGCCGUCUGCUGGACUCUGACCAGCUUCGCGGCCUGCGCUGCGUCCAGCUGCGUGAGCACGAGACGCGCUUCUGGCGGUACCAGCGAGGCAAACCGCGCACCCACCUGGCCACCAUCGAGGCCGUCUACUACUUUGUCCGAGAGCUGCAGGAGAGUCGACACGACACGUACGGAGGUGAGUUUGACGACCUGCUCUUCUUCUUCGACCACUUCUACCGCACUGUGUUCCGCAGUAGGGCGGCCGGCUCGCUGUGGGCGUACCGGACUGAGGACACGUGGGUGCGGCCGUCGGAGCGCGAGCGUCAGAACUCGGACAGUGAGGAGGCCGGUGGACGGGACGGUAGUGGGGUGACGAACGGACAGUUGGAACGAGCGCCAUAGCGGCGGGACAGUGAGCGGCGCAGAGAUGAUGGAGGUGUGAUGACAGUCUGGUGCUGAAGCCUGAAGGGCGUUGUGUUGUUGACAAGAGGCGAAGUCACCGUUAUUUAUGAUGCGGCGUGAUUGAAUUGACAAGUUUGGGUCUUACUGUAAGACGGUGUUAUGCGUCAUCGCAUUGACAAACAUUCAUAAGAAUCCUUGCUGGUGAUUAAUAUUGUUUUUGCCAUUGUUCAAGGCUCGCUUCACGGUAAGCAUUUCUUUGAUGUCUUUUUACAUUGCUUUUUGCACACUGUUGUGUAAGUUGACAUUUCCCAUUGCAUGUCUUACUGACAGAGAGGAAAUCUGAACGGUACGUGAUAAGUUAGGAACGGUGAAGAUAAGUAUUGUUCUUCGAUAACAAUCAAACGUCACAAAUACCUAUUCCGUAAUUGCUGCUGCUCCUGUAAGAUUGGUUCCAUGCAAAUGUUUUGCGAGCGACAAUGCUCCUUUUGUAAUUAGAUGUGCCCAAUCGGUACGGAAACCACUUUCUCAUGAUGUGUCAGCAACAGAAUUUGUGCACCACGAAGUAUAUUUCAAACAAGAGGGGAUAACAGGGUGUUUAUACCCUAGAAGAAAAUAAAUAGCUUAUCACAG